AGAAAGGAUAUUCGCUUAGGGUUUAUGGUGAUUUUAGGGAAGAAGGCAGAGGAGAGGAAGGAAUCGCUUUGGCGCGCGGCGAGGGGAUGAUUUCUUCCAGCGGCUCCACUCCUUGCUGAUUUGGGCGGUUACAUUUGUGGCACUCGUUUCUCGAUUGGGCGGGCCAGCAGCUAUGUCGGCCGUGCUUGCGUCCCCAUUUCUUGCGCAGCAAAUCCGAGCUCCCGACGUAGGAGCGGCUAUUACUGGGAGUAGCGUUAGGAUAAUUCAUGUUGGUCACCGCAAAUUCGAUGUCUCGGCUCUAGCAGUGACAACCACUUGCAGCGCGAUGAGGGCAACGUGUGAAGCCCAGCAGCAAACAAUCCAAAACCAGUCGGCUGUCGUCUCCAAGACGGCUCCAAUGCAAUCGAAGGAAGCUUUCGUCCCCAAGCUUGACGAUGGCGGUGGCGGUGGCCCCGGCGGCGGGGACGACGGUGGUGGCGAUGGUGGCGGCGGUGGCGGAGGAUGGGGAGCUGGGGGAUGGUGCUUCUGGGGCGUGCUACUUCUACUUGGAUUUCUAAAGAGCAACGAGGAGAACAGCAAGAAGAGGAGAAGGCGAAGACAAUUGUAAAUUUUUUUUUUUCCAAUCGAUCAUAUUUCUUUGAAUUA